AAUCCUAUUUAGAAUCGCGAUUCGACAUCUGUUUUCAAAUUUGAUCAUCUAUGAACUUUAUUUUCCGAGUUUGGGGAAAAUUAUAUUCUAUCGAUCCCAGACACUGGCUGCCUGUACAUAUAUUUUCUGCUGCAGCUAGGAGCAGGAGUGCGGAGGAAAGGAGUUUAGCCUGACACUCUGCAGCGUACACACACACUUCCUAUCUCCUCCUCUCCUUCCAUCCUCCUCUUCGUCAUUACCUGGGACCUCUCCUUCCCUCCAUCAGUCUCUCCUUCUCUCCAUCAUUUCCUGGGACCUCUCUUUCCUUUCCUCUUUCUCUCAGUCUCUCCUCUCUAGCUUUACCUGGAAUCUCUCCUUCCUUUAUUUCUUCUUUCUAUCCAUUCUGUUCUGCAACUAUCCAUCAUUACCUGGAAUAUCUCUCUUUCUCUCGCUCCCCUGCCUUCUUCUGUCCAUUCUCGUCUCUUCGUCAUUACCUGGCAUCUCUCCUUCCUUAUUUCCAUUCUUCCUUCCUUCCUACAUACCUACUUACCUUCUUUCCUUCCUUCCUUCCUUCCUUCCUUCCUUCCUUCCUUCCUUCCUUCCUUCCUUCCUUCCUUCCUUCCUUCCAUCCAUCCAUCCAUCCAUCAGUCUUUCCUCCUCCUUAUCAAUACCUGGGAUCCCUCCUUCCAUCAUUACCUGGGGUCUCUUCUUUUCUAUCGCCCGUCUUCUAAGUUCUCCCUCUACUUUUCUUCCUUCUGUCCUUUCUAUACUCACUCUUUCCUCUUCUUUCCUUCCUUCUUUAUCUUUCUUUGGUCUCGCAUCUCUCAGCCCUUUCCUUGAAUCCCAGCUGAGUACUUCCCCUGCUCCCCUGGCUGAGGCUCCUGUCUUGGAGUGAGAGUUACUGAAGGACACUCCAUCUUAUGACCUCUCACUUUCUCUGAUUAGUUUGCUGGUUUGCGUUGUUUUACUGAAGUGUUUCCAGGAAAGGCGGCGAGUUCCCCUGCACAGGAUACUGGAUGCCCAGGAAAACACCCAGGCAUGGACUGUAGCUGCGUGUCUGACAUCCUGCUCACACCCUCUAUGCCGGCUCUCUGGACUCCAGGGUUUGCCUUCCCUGACUGGGCCUAUAAGCCAGAAUCCAGCCCGGGCUCCAGACAAAUUCAACUCUGGCACUUCAUUCUAGAGCUUCUUCAGAAAGAGGAAUAUCAUGAUGUCAUCGCCUGGCAGGGGGACUACGGAGAGUUUGUCAUCAAGGACCCAGAUGAGGUGGCACGUCUAUGGGGCAUACGGAAAUGCAAACCCCACAUGAACUAUGACAAGCUGAGUCGGGCACUGAGGUAUUACUACAACAAGAGGAUUCUGCACAAGACGAAGGGGAAACGCUUUACAUACAAGUUUAACUUCAGUAAGGUUGUGCUGGUCAACUACCCGCUACUGGAUAUGGCCAAUUCGUCGCUGCUGCUCGGACAGAGCCCCUUCCCUGGGGGCCUCUCACAUGACCCCUUCACCCCUGAGGCUCUGCAGUCUCUCUUUUCUCCGACCGAUCGCCCUACACUAUUAGAUCGCCCACUUUCUGCACCAGACACAGAAAAACUUCGCCUUGAAGCGGCUUUCCCUUUCCUGAACUCAGGUUCUGGUUACACUAAGCCUACAGCGUUAUUGCCCCCAUACAACCGAAACUCCCCGUUUCCCGAUUACCCAUGGGGAUUUAACCCAUACCUUUCCAGCACUUUCCCCUUAACCGGCUCCAAGCUGCCCACAUCCCUCUACCCACCACACUUCUACCCCAGCUCACUCACCCAACUUCCUCCUCCCAUCUCCCUGCUUCCAGGGGAGUCUAUAGACAGGUCUGCCACCCUCUUGCAAGGCAUACCCCAAAGGCUCUGCACCAGUUUAAAUUCCCACCCUCUGCCUGUGAGAGGAAGCGGAGAUCUAGGGGGAGUGGGGGCAUCUAGAAGAGACAGAGUAGACCAGCCUGAAGGGAAGCAGGAGCCAGAAUCCGACUCUGACCUGGAAAUAACGGAUGUAAGCGACUGCAGCUCGGAGGCGGAAGGGUGCGUUUACAGCCCGCCCUGCCCAGGAUCUUCGGUUGGACGAAGCCGAAUAGAGGAUGAUCGACCCAAAGCAACAGCUGCCAAAACUGCCCCAGAGAAACCAGCGCUCCUCUCAGCUAGACCUAAACAGAAACUAUAACUAAAUGUACAAAUUAUAAAUAUUUAUAAAUAUAUAACUAUAUGGAUAUAUAGGGGACAAACCGUGUGUUUCGCCAACGCCUUCAUCCCAAAAACCACUUGUAUGGGACUGUGUAAAAACAAACAAAUGAUGAAACCUUUGGUACAAUACAUUGGUAGUAAGACCUGUACUUACAGGGUUCAUUCUGAAAAUUGUAAAGGUUGUUGAUCUGCAUUGUCAAUUAUUCAUAAAGUGCCAAUAUAAUUGCACUAGAUGUAAUUGUGACUACCCGACUUCACCCACAAGACGAAGGUCUAAUAAUAGUAAUCAUUUCCAAAGUCACUUGAGUGGCAACCUAUAAAUGAGGGCAGCGGGCUACCGCGGCACUGUUCAGCAAUCCAUGAGAACUUCCAUGGAUAAUGGGGUAGGAAGCAGCAACAUACGGAGAACCUGCAUUGCCUUAUAUACUGCCAUAGCACACAGAAAGGUCUGAGUCACAUGCUAUGCCGAUAUUCACGCAGCCAGUGUUCUCCUGCGCGUGCCUCCUGAGGUUGUACGUAGAGUCGCAGAUGAAAUAAAGACGUACGGUAGCAGGGCAGUGAUUGGAAGGCAACGGCCACUGCUAAAAAGCCACACAGAGCUGCUGUGUGUUAUGAGAGUGUUGCAGACGUGUCCCUGAAAGUGGUGGUGUACACAUAGGAGGCCAUACCCAGGCGGAGAAACUGCACCUGCCAUAAGGCCAGUAGUGUACAUAGAUGCUGAUAUGCAGAUCCACAAAGCAAGCUGGCAUUCUCUACAUAGGGUCUGUGUUGCUUUUUUUGCCAGAAGGUUACAAAGGAGUAAUUAGAUCUGUCUGGCAAUCUAUGGGUACUUUACAAAGUGGCCUCGCCCAUAGUAGGUAGUGCAACACAAUUAGGAAAAAGGAAUUCAUAUAGCUAGGCCAUUAAAACGUUUAUGCUACGGCAGAUGGCAUUACAGUGUAUGAACCUCAGAAUAAUAUCAGCCUUCAAAGCGGCAUACUCAUGUGCUGGAGACAUACUGGUGGGUAAAGGGGUGAGUGUGUGUGGGGGGCCAGCAGAUAAGAGGUUGCCAAGUGUUUAUAUAUUUCUAUUGAGAAUCUGUUUAUUUAUUUGAACUACACAAUCCCACCCCAAGCACAAUAUACAUAGACUGUACCGUCAAUGGUUCAGGAGAAUCCUAAAAUAAUGUUAUUUAAAUAUCUCUUAUAUGUUUCAAGUUUAGAAGCCGCUUUCUGACAACUUGGGCACAGUUCUUAAAUAGCCAAUUAUAUAUAAUUAAAGGUGAUCUCAAUCCCUCUUUUUAUUCACAUGCUCAGAUGACAUCAUCAUUAUAGAAUUACAGUAGGUUAUUUGGUAUGCGGUCAUUAUACCGCUCAUCGGAAUCCCAGCUGUCGCAAUACCGCUGCCAGGAUCCCAACGAGGUAGGUGUUUCCCCCUCUAUGGGUGUCCACCACACCCACAUAUUGGGAAUAGAAGCUGUGGAGAGCCCGCAAGGGGCUUUGUUGCGCUCACCCCCCUGCCGGCAUGCCACUGCUUGGGAUGCUGAUGUUGGUAUACGGAUAUUUGUCAUCCCAAUUGGCGGUAUAACAUACCGAUCCCGGUUAUUCAUUCUACAAUGCUACACUAAACGGUCUAGCACAGUCUGUUACCGUGUCAAGGUGGGGCAGUGACCGUCAGAACUGAGUAAAAGCCACUGAGGGGGGUUGGGGGUAUGAAAACACUAUACGGAAAGGGAACAGCACAAUUAUAAUGUAGACAUGAAGAUUUUUUUUUAUUUUUAUCAAACAGCUUUAGGAUGCUCUUUAUUUCCACCAGAAGGCAGCGGAAGAAAUAGUGACUGGCAAUUAUUUUAUCACCCGCUCACCCACUUCAAUUAAAAUCUGUUAACUUCUUCCUAACUUAUCCAGCUUACAAUUUAAAUGCUCCACAAAUCAAUUUUGGUUGAUACGGCAUUAAAAAGUGAAAGAAAAUACGACCAUAGCUAAUUAAUAAAUAAAUCAAUUUAAUUUACAGGCAGACACUUACACCUGUAUAAACGUUCUAUGGGUGGAAUUCAAAUGUUUGAAAAGUCAGUUGGGAGUCUGUUUUUUUCCUAACAUUUGAAUCUCAUCCAUUAUGUUCUUAUGUGUUAAGGAUGUAUUUUUUAUUUGGUUUAUUACAACACAAUAUGGGCGGUAUUCAAAUGAUAUAUCACGCCCAAUCUCCUUUCUAAAGUGAUCCCAGUUACCACACAUAUUGUGCCCAUAGUAAUGCAUAAAGGGUUGGGUGCCUCACUACCCCAGGGGUGGUGAUCUGAAAUGAUGAUACCAUACCCAUCAGCAGAAACAGAAGGGGGUGGAAAGAAUUGAAUACCGCCCUAUGGGGCACAUGUACUAAGCAGUGAUAAAAGUGGAGAAGUU